ACAAGACCUGCGAGGUAGAAGACCACGAGUGAGGAGUCCAAGGAUGGAGAAAAAAGUACCAUACAUGUGGAAUUAAUAGUUGGAUUACGGAUGGGUCUUAUUGGUUUAUUUUCUUCCUGGACGGUUGGCCAUGCACAAGAGAAAUCUUUUUGCGCACACGCGGCAAUUGUUGGGCAUUGAGUGGAGUGGUCUUGGAGAGAUUGUAAGCUCUCUGUGAGUCAUUGUUGGAUGUCCGGAAUACCUUUUGGAUUGAAACCAUGCGAUGUUCCCGCUUAUAUAAAUGUCUCCUGAUAUUUAUAAACAUUUCCUGAAAUGGAAAUAAAUAAACAAAUUUAGAUGUCUAUUCGGUAACCCAGGGCGUGGAAUUUUACGCACGUUUCCCUCAUGGCUUUACCAAACUCCUCCGGCUCUACAGCUGACAACUCAAACCCCAGUCUCAUAGAUCUGGGUACGUUCUUCGUGGACUCAGAUAUCAUUUUUGGAUUUACGAGUCAUCUUCUAAGGAGAAAAACAAAGGUGGAGGGUUGUCCCAGCGGAGAGUCACCGUUCCCUGUUCAUCUGAAUACCAGGAAAAUGCUUAACUCCGCGGAGGACCCGCGGUUUAGCAGCCGGCUACCCCCUGAGGGCGCAGGGUCGGUGACGGUCUCGGAAUCGGAGAGGAGAGACGGGAAAGGAAGCUUUUGUCAACAUUGUGAAAUUAAAGUUACGGAGCUGAAGAGGCAAGUGCUGGCAUUGGCAGACCCAAGUUCCUUAAAGGAUCCAGGCUACGCCGCAUUCCUCUUUGAACAGCUCCAAGUGCCUGGGAGCCAUGAGGGCUGCUGCCAGGUGUGUUCGACGCCCCUCCACCAGCUCAGGCAGGAAGCCCUGCAGACAGUAGGAAGCCCGGCCUCUGCCCUGACCCUGAGGCACCACAUGCCCACUCUGCCCUCCGCCACCCUCUCUGGGCAGCCCCAUAGACUGACACUCUCUUCCUCCGGCACCAAUGUGAGGCCGCCCUCCAAAGCCCACGCCCAAUCCCAUGCCCACACCGUCCUGCCCCUUGGGGAGAGGGGGCGCAGGGGGCUUGGUUGGCCACAGGGCUCCUCCAUCUCUGCUGGGCCUAAGACUAGUGUCCAGAUGACUGUGGGUGGGGGGCAGCCGACUGGGACCCUGGGAUUGGUCACCAUCCAGGCCCAGCAGUACCUGGAGGGCAUGUGGAGCAUCUCCAAGGUCAACAACUUCCUCCCCCAACCCAGCCCGGUACAGGGUCCCGUGGGGGAGGCAGAGAAGGAGGUCCCUGACCCUACUACGGAGGCUCAUGUCCCGAGCUCCGGCUGCACACUGACACCAAAACGCCAGAGGAUCCCUGUCCCGCUGGGACAGUGUACCAUCACCCCCCCAGCCCCGGGCCCCACCUCCACAUCCACACAGAGCGCCUCAGCCGCUGCCUCAUUCUUCAUCCGGGCUGCGCAGAAACUGAACCUGUCUUCCAAGCGGAAGAAACACCAGCCCCCCUCCCUGCUUCACCCUGGAGCCCCAGAGACCUCCAUCUACCCCACCAACUUCAGCGGCAUCCUGCAGCUCUUGCCACCCCCCGCCCCACCAUGCCUUCUCCGUGCCGUGUCAAAGGUCAAGGAGAACCCAGGGAUGGGAAAGGUGAAAGUGAUGAUGCGUAUAUGCCCUUCCUUGGAGGCUCCUGAUUCGUCAGAGUCCAUGUCCUUCCUGAAGGUAGACCCCAGGAAGAAGCAGCUGACCCUAUACGACCCCUCAGUCAAUGAACGCGCCAACUCAGGGCACAGAAGAGCCACCGUGGCCGUCCCAAAGAUCUUUGCCUUCGACGCAGUGUUUACCCAGGAUGCCUCUCAAGCAGAGGUUUGCUCAGGGACAGUUGCUGAGGUCAUCCAGUCCGUGGUGAAUGGUGCGGAUGGCUGCAUCUUCUGCUUCGGCCAUGUCAAGCUGGGCAAGACCUUCACCAUGAUUGGCAAAGACGGCUCCACCCAGAACCUGGGCAUUGUGCCCUGCGCCAUCUCCUGGCUCUUCAAGCUCAUCAACGAACGCAAGGAGAAGACGGGCACGCGCUUCUCAGUCCGUGUGUCUGCUGUGGAGAUCUGUGGAAAGGACGAGGCGCUGAAGGACCUCCUGUCUGAGGUGUCCACUGGAAGCCUGCAGGACGGACAGUCCCCUGGAGUCUACCUGCGAGAGGACCCCAUUUGUGGCACGCAGCUCCAGAACCAGAGUGAGCUGCGCGCCCCUACGGCCCAGAAGGCAGCCUUCUUCUUGGAUGCGGCCAUCGCAGCACGGAGCACCAGCAGGCCCGAUGCAGAUGAGGAAGAGAGACGCAACUCUCACAUGCUGUUCACACUGCACAUCUACCAGUACCGUAUGGAGAAGACAGGCAAGGGAGGAAUGUCAGGCGGACGGAGCAGGCUGCACCUCAUAGACCUGGGGAGCUGUGAGAAGGUCCUCAGUAAGAGUCGGGACGUGGGCGGCGGCCUGUGUCUGUCCCUUACGGCGCUGGGCAACGUCAUCAUGGCUUUAGCCAACGGAGCCAAGCACGUGCCGUACAGGGACAGCAAACUGACAAUGCUGCUGAGAGAAUCGCUUGGGAACAUUAACUGCAGAACCACCAUGAUUGCCCACAUCUCCGACUCCCCUGCCAACUACGCCGACUCCCUCAGCACCAUCCAGCUGGCCUCACGCAUCCACCGCAUGAGGAAGAAGAAAUCCAAGUAUGCAUCCAGUUCCUCUGGAGGGGAGAGCUCCUGUGAGGAAGGGAGGAUCCGCCGGCCACCCCAUUUGAGACCCUUCCACCCCCGGACGGUGGCCUUGGACCCCGACCUGCCCUGCCUGCUCAGUGACACAGAUUACUCCUCCAGCAGUGAGCAGUCCUGCGACACCGUCAUCUACGUGGGGCCGGGGGGUGCCGCCAUCUCUGACAGGGAGCUGAGCGACAACGAGGGCCCCCCGGCCUUCGUUCCCAUAAUCCCCUCUCUGAACAGGAAGCGGACCGGGAAAGAGGGCCCCCUAGACCGAGACCACUUCUUCAAGUGCAACACGUUUGCUGAGCUGCAGGAGCGCCUUGAGUGCAUUGACGGCAGUGAGGAGCCUACGGCAUUUGUUGGAGAAACCAGGGGAAGUCAAGCUAGCGCCAAGAUGGACAGCACAGCAAAAGAAGGCCCUGGGUCUGUUUCCCCAAAGACUGUCCUUAAAGCCUCCUCUUCUCAUGGGAGUACCUCGCCCAAACAAGUUCCUAAACCUUUAGCCAAUCCACCAUCCUGCAGCCCACAUGUCAGCCCCUCUAAGGCUAACCUGGAACAUUCCAGAGGGGUGUGUAGAACUAGCGCUGAUGGUGAAAAGGUGUUAAUGUCAGAGAACAGAGCUAGCCCAGUCAAACAGGCUGGGGUCACAGUGCCAGCAUCAUCUGAGCCUGUAGUACGGGAGAAGGUCUACUUUAACAAGAUGCUUUUACCCAAGCCUGCUCCCCCUCCUCCGCAGCAUAGAGACUCACGCAGGGGCAACGGAGACUCUGAGGAGAGGUCAAACACCAGAAUGCCCCCCGUCGGAAUGAGCCAUCAAGCUGGGAAACAGGGGGAGGCUGGGGGCUCCCCGGUCCUUGGUAGGCCCCAGACCAGGGGACUGGUGGAGGUGUGCCAGCUGCGCUCCACGCUAAGGGAGAGGUGCCUGGACAGGGACAUCCUGCGUGCCACGGUGACCCUGCAGCAGCCCGUGGAGCUGAAUGGAGAGGAUGAGCUGGUGUUCACCAUGGUGGAGGAGCUGUCCAUUGGCAAUAUCAUGGACAAUGGCCGGCCCUCCAGCAUCAUCAGCUUCAACAGCGACUGCUCCCUCCAGGCCCUGGCCUCCGGCUCUCGACCAGUCAGCAUCAUCAGCAGCAUCAAUGAUGAGUUUGACGCCUACACAUCUACGGUAGGGGGUGCAGAGGUCAACACCGACGUGGUUUCCCCCUUACAGGACGACACGUUUGUCUGUGUGGGCAGCAGGGGCUCGUCUAUCAGUUCCUGGCUCAGUGAGGUCAGCGUCUGUACUCUGGAGAGUGAAGGGGCACACUCUGCAGAUGUAUUCCUCCCACAGACUAAGCACAUCGGCCCAGAAGGUACAUUUUACCAUGAUUCUUUUGGUAUGUUCCACUGUGAAUCAUCCCCAAGGGAUGCCAAGAACUCUCUCAAUGACAGUGGAUUUAGCUUCUCUGAAAUGGACAGUGAUAGCGCAGCGUCUAGCAAACUGUCCCUGACAAAGUGCCCUCCAUCUCCCGAGUCGACCAAAGGACCCCUCAGAUUCCAAUCCAAAACAGCUAAAGUGAACUCAGUCAGCUCGUCAUCCCAUCUCUCACAGGGCCCUAACUUAGUUCACUCCAGUCUUCCCAGAAAAAUGAAACCUACCUCAUCCAUGGCCUACAGUAGCAGCGGCAGUCGUGAAUCACCCAGACACGAAGUCGAGCAGGAGGACCCCUGGCAGCGUAUAAACAACAACUCUGAACCUCAACUCCCAGACCCCGGCUCAGUCAGUAAGUUUCCCAGAACCCCAGUGAGUGGCAUUCCCUGCCGCAAAGCUGGUGUUGUGAACAGCAACAGUGUACCUCGCACACCCAACGUGCAGGGCUCUACCUCAGCCCAGAGGGUGGUGGAUGGCUGUGAGAAGGCCACCAGUAAGAAAGCGGAGCCCCUGAGCAAGAUGCCUCAGCUUAGACGAGGGGCCACCACCUUGGGCACGGUGCCUGUCAUCCACGGAUUUCCGGAGGCCAAGGUCACAACCCAGGACAUUACCGCCACACCCAGUAGUCUCAAGUUCUCCUCUCUGGGGAAGAAUGGCAAAGCCAACGGGCAGAAAGCCAGUAUGCUCCCCAAACCCGGUGGUACCUCUCCUCCUCCCCCUCCAGUGCGCAAGUCCAGUCUGGAUCAGAAGAACAAGAUCCAGCUGCCCCAAAGUGCCUUAAAGUAUGGGGAUGCAGGGAGGCCUUUACUCACCAGGGGUGCUGUGUCAGAGGAUGAGUUAGAGGUCCGCUGUAGAGGAGACUCCAACAGCCUCAAAAUAUCCAGCCUCAGGGGUGACUACAUCUCGGCCAAAGCCACGUCCAGUUUGAAGACCAGAGCCAGAGGGGAUACCGGACAGCAACAUUAUAGCAGCCAGAUGUCUCUAGAAAAGUGUGACAGCAUGUCCAUGGUUGGCUCCAAGCCCACUCUGAGUCGAGAGAACAGUGGAGCCAGCCUUGGCAGCAGCAAGUCUAGCAGGUCCAUUCCCAGAUUCGGGCUACCAAACUCAACAAGCUCCCCCAUUGCUACCUCUCCACCCACUGCCUGUGGUGCCCUAGGGAAUCUAGGUAAACCUGGGCAGGUCAAAGGUAGCGUCAACUCAAGAGCGGUAGGAACGGUCAAUGGUAGUAAGGCUCGUUCAUUGUCAGCCAGUAACUCUAAGGGCCUGAGCUCCUCCACAAAGUCCCUCGCGGCUCCAGCCACCAGGAACCCCAACGCCAAUCUCCCCCCAACUGGCAAGGCCUCCACAACGCGGGUCGCGGCAACCACCAAUAGCAAGCCCGGCCGGGGCACCAUCAUGGGGACCAAGCAGGCCAUGCGGGCAGCCAAUAGCCGGGUCAGUGAGCUGGCGUCAGGCAGCACAGCAAGCAAGCACCCGAGAGGCUCGGGGGACUCUGACAGUGGUAACGACAGCGGGGUGAACUUGAGCGACGACAAGUCAUCGGUUGCCAUGCUGCCCUCCCCCUACAGUAAGAUCACAGCGCCCAGGAGGCCGCAGCGCUACAGCAGUGGACACGGCAGCGACAACAGCAGUGUGCUGAGCGGAGAGCUUCCCCCAGCCAUGGGCCGCACAGCCCUGUUCUACCACAGCGGGGGCAGCAGUGGCUACGAGAGCAUGAUCCGGGACAGCGAGGCCACAGGCAGCGCCUCCUCUGCCCACGACUCCAUGAGCGAGAGCGGGAUGUCGUCCUCAGGGCGCCCAAGGACCUCCAAAUCCCCCAAGAAACGCAAUGGGCUCCAGCGGCGCCGGCUCAUACCGGCCCCCCUGCCCGACACCUCGUCCCUGGGGAAGAAAGCUGGCACAGCUGGCCAGUGGGUGGACCUGCCUCCCAUGUCAGGACCCCUGAAGGAACCCUUUGAGAUCAAGGUGUACGAGAUCGACGAUGUGGAACGGCUCCAGAGGCGCCGACAGGAGGACUCAGCCGAGCAGCCAUUCCAGGAUGUUGAGAAGGGCCUGCUAUACUUCAACAGUAAGCUUAAGGUUCUGGAGCGGAGGCAGCAGCAGAUCAGAGAGUUGAAGGACAAACAUGAGGCGCUGAAGGAGGAGCUGGAGGACACCAAGACCCGGCUGAUGAUGGAUCCUUGCAAGUGGAUAGGAGAGUUUGAGGUGGACCAGGAUUUGGACAAGGAGUCCCAGGAGUACCUGCAGGCCCUGAGUCGGGUUACAGAGGAGCUGGAGUUCUGUGUCAACCUAUGCAAGUUACGUGUCAUGAUGGUGACCUGUUUUGACAUCAGUGUGACGUCACCACAUGACCCUCAAGAGGGACUGCGAGAAGUGGAAGUCUGAGAAGGAGGAUGCAGGAAGGGCGAAAGGAAGGAUGAUGUAAUGUUGGAACCAGUUUGCAGUUAUUGCUGGAAUGAAGUGACAAGAAAAUCUUAAAAGACAAAAGAUGAAACUAACAAGACUGGGGUCUUUGCAUGGAGACAUAGGAGAUCUGAACAAACUUAUCUGCAGUGCCUCGUCAUUCUGGGAGAAGAACUUAUGUGUUUUUUGAGUUCCAGCAUGAUGAGAGAGCAGCCAUGAUUUACCCAAGAGUCAUUCAAACGACACCCAGAAGUGCCUUUUCCACCUGACUAAUUUUGAGUCAUAAUUUUUUUGUAUGGUGCUAGUAUCAUAUCCAGCAUACAUGAGCAGCCCUGAACAUAUUCCUUUUAAUAAAUAAUUAUUUUAUAUUGCAUUGUAUAGUGUAUUUAUAUGAUUAUGCUGUGUGUGAAAUUAUCAUUUGUAGGUAUAAAAAAAUUCAAAAAGAGCAAUAAGCUAAUGUUAUUGCGUUUCCAAACUUUGCCUUUUCUCAUGAUUCAAACCAACCUCAGCAUUUUCCCAUCUUCAUCCAGCCUCUUGCGCCUUAUAUUUUUAGUUCCAUACUUUUUCUACCUUUUAAAACAGGUCUGUGUUAGCUUGUCAAGCACUCGGUUGGUUGCUGAUGUUAUCAAUCAGCCACUGACAGUGGUCUGUGAAAGCCAGCAGGGUUCAGUAAAUGUUUUUUUUCCUUACAGUUGCCUUGAUCACAAGGGGCUCUAGUAGGGCUACAUCGAUGGUUGGAGGUGUGCAGGGAGAGGGAGGUAUGUGGUAUCUGGGGCCAAGCUGUGUUUACGGCAGAACACAUCAGUCAGAGGGGCCACAGUACAGGGCCUGCCCCCAACAGUCUGUGUACACCAUGAUUCAUGGCUGUGAUAGUUAGCCCUCCUCUGUGUUUUGUUCUAGGGGUUUCCAGAGUCACCCUGACAGACCUACCUCACCCUCUGUGCCCCUAUGAGCGUGAAUACUGAGAGUGGCCAUUUCAUCCCUAGAUGGGCCUUGACUGGGUUCUACUGACAAACAAAAGGGCAUAAAUGAGAUGCGAGAUGCAAGGGUAAUUCUAUAGCUCUUUUUAAUGUACUCUUUUAAGUGGUGCUAUGCUUUGGUUCUAUGCAUUCCAGCAUUCUCACUCCCACUACAAGAUGAACCUCAAUAAAGCACUAAGAUCAACAGCACAGACAGUGUGAGAGUUCUGCUACCAUGAUACACAUACUAUAUACAAAAUCUCUCCCUAACCUUUCACUUUACUAAACCGAUAUCUCAAUCAAAGAAUAGAAUAGGUUCUAAAAGGGCGGUGUCAUAACUAAAGGCCUUGAGAAACACAGUUUCCUCUGGAUACAUGCCGUGGAACAAUUGCAGCCUUCAGAUUUUGAUGUUGUUUGGCAAAUAAAAUCAAUCAACUGUAUGUAGCUGCCAAACAGUUUGUGUUUGAAUCAUUCUGACAAUGGUGAGGACAGAUAAUUACGGUAACUGGUUUUGGUUAUCUGUAGUAAGAGACAACUGGCUUAUGUUUUGAUGUGUUUGAUUUAUAUAAUUAAAAUAUUCAUUUGUUUUCUUUCUUCUUGUACUCUCAGGCCCUUUCUGAAGAUGCUGCAUGAGAUUUUAAUUAUUUUUAAGAAUAAUGUUUAUUCCAUUUUUACCAUUUUGAUUUUUAUAAUAAUAUCCUCAGCUCUGCUUUGGAGGGGGUAGUUUAAUAAAUAUAAAUUACCAAACAAUUUUUUUUUCAAGAAACGUCAUAUUUCAUAUCAAACCCAUAUUUUCUAAUGUCCUUGGUUUUGUAUAGGAUUUUCUGACCCUGUGUAUAAAUGUAUGAUAUGGCAGCUUGUGUUGAGUUUUA